AGGCAAUAGACCGAAUAGAAAAAAAGAAAGAACAGCGAGAAGGAAAAAGAAGAGAGGGAAGGACACGUAAGGAUGAUGCUGAGGAAUCUCCUGAAACGAAACUCGAAUUCGUACCUUGGGCGGCUGGCUUCUGGGUGGAGUUGGAGAUGGAGGAGGAGGACCUUUUGCAGUGAACCGCAGAGAGAUUCUAUCCAAUACGACGUCGUCAUCGUAGGCGCGGGACCGGCUGGUUUAUCGGCGGCGAUUAGGUUGAAGCAAUUGUGCCGUGAAAAUGAUACUGACUUAUCAGUCUGCGUCGUGGAGAAAGGAGCUGAACUGGGUGCUCAUAUUCUUUCUGGAAAUGUUUUUGAACCCCGGGCACUGGAUGAGCUUCUCCCCAAUUGGAAACAGGAAGAGUCGCCCAUCACCGUCCCUGUUUCCUCUGACAAGUUUUGGUUUCUUACAAAGAAUCAUGCAUUUCCGUUGCCCUGUCCUUUUAAUAACAGAGGAAACUAUGUCAUAAGUUUAAGUCAGUUAGUACGAUGGAUGGGAGUGAAGGCAGAAGAAUUAGGAGUAGAAAUAUAUCCAGGUUUCGCUGCUAGUGAGAUAUUAUACGACUCAAAUGACACUGUUGUUGGCAUUCGAACUAAUGAUAUGGGAAUAUCCAAAGAUGGUUCAAAGAAGGAAAAUUUUCAGCCUGGAAUAGAAUUGAAAGGGCGGGUGACACUUCUAGCUGAAGGGUGUCGAGGAUCAUUGUCAGAGAAUAUAAUGGAUAAAUACAACUUGAGAGCGAAGGGCCAUGCUCAGCAUCAGACUUAUGCCUUGGGAAUCAAAGAGGUUUGGGAAAUUGACAAGGAAAAACACAAACCAGGGGCUGUGAUUCACACGCUGGGUUGGCCCUUGGACCAGAAGACAUAUGGAGGUUCAUUUCUGUACCACAUGAAAGAUAGACAGAUUUGUAUAGGCCUUGUGGUUGCUCUGAACUAUCAGAACCCAUUCUUAAGUCCAUAUGAAGAAUUCCAGAAAUUUAAGCAUCAUCCUGCAGUCAAGCCACUGCUAGAGGGUGGGACUGUUCUUCAAUACGGUGCUCGCACCUUGAAUGAAGGUGGCUUUCAGUCUAUCCCAUAUCCAGCUUUCCCUGGAGGAGCAGUUAUUGGCUGCUCUGCUGGCUUUUUGAACGUGCCUAAAAUUAAGGGAACACAUACUGCAAUGAAAUCAGGCAUGCUAGCUGCAGAGGCAACUUUCAGUGCUCUUCGUGAAGGCUCGAAUAUGGAUAAGUACUGGGAUGAUUUAAGGAAUUCGUGGAUAUGGGAAGAACUAUAUAGAGCACGGAACUAUCGACCGGCAUUUGAGUAUGGAGUUAUUCCUGGCUUGGCCAUAAGUGCGUUAGAACGCUAUAUAAUUAAAGGGAGAGCCGCAUUAACACUGAAGCAUGGAAAACCUGAUAAUGAAGCAACAAAUGUCGCAGAGUUCCACAGUCCAAUUAAAUAUCCAAAGCCAGAUGGAGUUUUAUCUUUUGACAUUCUAACCUCCUUACACAGGAGCAAUACAAAUCAUGAACAUGAUCAACCAGCUCACCUUCGGUUGAAGGAUCCUAAGAAGCCUGAAGUUGUCAACUUGCCAGAGUAUGCUGGUCCUGAAUCACGAUAUUGUCCUGCACGUGUUUACGAGUAUGUCCCUGGUGAAACCGGUCAGCUGAAGUUGCAGAUCAAUGCUCAGAAUUGCCUACAUUGCAAGGCUUGCGAUAUCAAAGACCCAAAGCAAAACAUAGAGUGGACAGUUCCAGAAGGAGGUGGUGGCCCAGGCUAUUCCAUAAUGUAGAAGAAACACUGUGUCUGUAAUAUUUCUUUCUAAAAUAAUUAAAUUGCUAACGGGAAAGGAUUCAUACAGUUUGAUGUGGAAUUUCCAUUAAUCUUACAUCGGGUCAAAAAGUUGUAUCAAAAGAAUCAUGCUUUC